UCGCUUAACAUUGUGCAGUGCCUGUGUGACAUUGUCGCUGUCCCGUACAAGUCGUCAUCCGACGCAACAUGAAGGUUCUGCUCAUCUGCGGACUCGUCCUUGUAGGAGCUUUCCUUGCCGAUGCUGCUGGUGGUAAAGAACUAUGCGGGCUCAGCAAUGAUGAAAUUAAGGGGGUUCUAAGCUGCAUGGCAGAACGCGCACCCCCACAGGUCAAGGCAAGGGCAUUGGAGAUCCUCGGAGAGAGAGGAGACAAGGCUGCUGACCUUAUUAGGACGAAAUGCGAGGCUGACGUGGACUUUGGUGAGCUGAUUAGCACAGUGUUCUCGGAGACAGUUGCAAACGGCAUUAAGGCGGCCUACGCUCAGUGCAAGCCUGCAUCUCGCUAGGGGGCUAGCCGUUGCAAUGGAGCUUCGGAAGUGGAGAACGCCGUUCGUGAAAAUACAUUUUUACGGUAAAAAAAAAAAA